AACUGUCAAUGUACAGCGUUGCUCACGCGCAGUUGGUCACGUUCGUUUUCGGCUUUUAUUUGAGGAUCUUAUUCUGUGUGAACGAAAAAAUAUCCGAAAACAUCCACGGUUUUUGUUUGUGUCAAGGAAUAUUACUCUGUAAAAAGUGAAGAUGACUGCACCAGCUGCUGGAGGCGAUGCGACGAAGUUGCGUAGUGUUGUUUAUAAGGAUAAAAGCAAGCCGGCCGAAGUACGCCUAAGUAACAUUAACGCUGCCAAAGCUGUCAGUGAUGCAAUCCGUACGAGUUUGGGCCCCAGGGGCAUGGACAAAAUGAUCCAAUCUGGAAAUGGAGAAGUAACAAUCACCAAUGAUGGAGCCACCAUUCUGAAACAGAUGAAUGUUAUUCACCCAGCAGCAAAAAUGUUGGUGGAAUUAUCCCGUGCCCAAGAUAUUGAGGCUGGAGACGGCACAACCACUGUCGUUGUUAUUGCUGGUGCCUUGUUGCAAGCUGCCGAAAAGUUAUUGAGCCGCGGUAUUCACCCAACAGCUAUCUCUGAAUCUUUUCAAAGGGCUGCAACCCAUGCUGUCAAGAUUUUGACCAGCAUUUCCACUCCAAUUGAAUUGAAUAACCGUGAACAAUUAGUAAGAAGUGCGUCUACCUCGUUGAACUCUAAGGUUGUGUCACAGCAAUCCAGCCAGUUGGCUCCUUUGGCAGUCGAUGCUGUAUUUAAAGUAAUGCAACCUGGCCAAGAACGUAUCGAUUUAAACGAUAUUAAAGUGAUCAAGCAGUUGGGUGGAACUACCGAAGACACAGAAUUGAUCGAUGGUAUAGUAUUCCCUCAUCGCACUGCUAACGUAAAUGGACCAAAGAGGAUCGAAAAGGCGAAGAUUGGUUUUAUCCAAUUCUGCAUAUCCGCUCCGAAAACCGAUAUGGAUCACAACGUAAUCGUCUCCGAUUACGCUGCUAUGGAUAGGGUCUUGAAGGAAGAGAGAACAUACAUUCUUAACAUUAUCAAGCAAAUCAAGAAAUCCGGUUGCAACGUUUUGUUGAUUCAAAAAUCUAUUCUACGUGAUGCCGUCUCUGAUCUAGCUUUGCAUUUCUUAGACAAAAUUAAGGUCAUGGUUAUCAAAGAUGUGGAACGCGAGGACGUUGAAUUCGUUUGCAAAUCAUUGAGUUGCAGGCCUAUUGCUUCUUUGGACCACUUUACCGCCGAGAAUCUCAGUCAUGCCGAAUUAGUGGAAGAGGUUGGUGUCGGCUCCAGUCGCAUGGUUAAAAUAACCGGAGCGCAGAACGCCGGCAAAACGGUCACCCUGUUGGUCCGUGGCUCGAACAAAUUGGUGUUGGAAGAAGCACACAGGUCAAUUCACGAUGCUCUGUGCGUAAUCCGUUGUCUGGUGAGGAAGAAGGCGUUGAUCGCUGGCGGUGGUGCUCCCGAAAUCGAAUUGGCUUUGAAAUUGUACUCGUUGGCUGAUAAAAUGGACGGAUUAGACGCUAUUUGCCUGAAGGCUUACGCCAACGCUUUGGAAGUUGUUCCAUUCACCUUGGCAGAAAAUGCUGGUCUCAACGCUAUCCAAACCGUUACAGAAUUGAGAAGUAGACACGCUAAAGGAGAAACAUCUGCUGGAAUCAAUGUCCGCAAAGGAACCAUUACCGACAUCCUAGAAGAACAUGUCGUCCAACCGUUGUUGGUCUCCAUCAGCGCCGUAAAUUUGGCAACCGAAACCGUUCGCUCCAUUCUGAAAAUCGACGACAUCGUCAACACUGUCACAUAAGAAGCUUGUCAAAUGUUUCCUUCAAUUUGCUUUCAUUAAUAAUCAUUAAUAGUAUAAAUACAAUAGUAUUUUUUUGCACUAUUUUCAAUUCGAUAACAUAAGAUACAUACAAAUCUAAUUAAAUUAUUAAUAAACUCAUAUUAAUAAA